CUUAUAUAUUCUCUGUUUCAAAACAUUUCAUCAUUCCUCUGCUCAAACACCAAUCCCCCACCCCCCUUCCCAAAAAAAAAUGUUAGAGAAAACCAUUUCCAGAAUUUUCUAUCGCUCUUCCCUUUUGCAUGCUUACAAUCAUUGUUUUAUCCCAGUAAUCAAUCAGUAAAUAAAACCCAAACUUUGCUUUGGAUUUUUUCACCUGCAAAUAUCAGUGAAUCUUUUUUUUUUUUUUUAAAUUGUUCUUCAAAAUGGCCCCAAAAUCAAGCAGCAAAAGCAAAUCAAACAAAGCUAAACCAGAGAAGAAGAACAAGAAAAAGGAGGAGAAAGUUGUUCCUAGUGUUCUUGAUAUCACUGUCAUUACUCCAUAUGAAUCCCAAGUUAUACUGAAGGGUAUUUCAACUGAUAAGAUAGUUGAUGUAAAAAGGCUAUUGGCUUCUCAUGUUGAAACAUGCCAUUUUACAAACUAUUCUUUAACUCAUGAGGUCAAAGGGAAGAGAUUGAAUGAGAAAGUAGAAGUGGCAACUUUGAAACCAUGUUUGCUCAAAAUGGUUGAAGAGGAUUAUACCAAUGAAGAGCAGGCGGUGGCUCACGUGCGGAGACUCCUAGAUAUUGUAGCGUGCACCACCAGGUUCUCCAAGCCUAAACGAGUACGAUCACAAUCAUCAUCGUCCGAUUCAAAAUCUAAAAAGGUUAACGGCGGGCCCCACCAUCGUCCUCGAGAGCCGUCCGAUGGAGGACCUGGAACGGCGUGGAUUAUGGAGAGCAUGGAGAUGGCUGCCAUUCAGCCUACCCCAAAAUUAUCGGAAUUUUAUGAUUUCUUUUCCUUCUCUCACCUCGCUCCGCCCAUUCUCAAUUUGAGGAAAUGUGAGCCCAAGGAUGUAGAAGGGAGGCAUGAAGGUGACUAUUUCAUAAUGCAGAUAAAAAUCUGCAAUGGGAAGCAAAUACAGGUAGUUGCAUCAGUAAAAGGGUUUUAUACUGUGGGAAAGCAUUUUUUCCUGAGCCACUGUUUGUUAGAUCUUUUGCAAAAUCUAAGCCAAGCCUUUGCUGAUGCAUAUGAAUCCCUUAUGAAAGCUUUCAUAGAACACAAUAAGUUCGGCAAUCUUCCAUAUGGAUUUCGUGCAAAUACAUGGCUUGUUCCUCCCCUUGUUGCCAACUCUCCAUCGACCUUCCUUUCUUUUCCAUUGGAAGAUGAGCAAUGGGGUGGUAAUGGUGGAGGCCAGGGAAGAAAUGGUGAAUAUGAUCUUCAACCGUGGGCUACGGAUUUUGCAAUAUUGGCUAACCUUGCUUGCAAAACCGAAGAGGAGAGGGUAGUUCGUGAUCGCAAGGCCUUUUUGCUUCGUAGUCGAUUUGUUGAUGUCUCGAUCUUUAAAGCUGUUGCAACAAUACAGCAUGUUAUGAAUAACAGGUCAAUUGUGAAAGGCACUGUAAAUAGCCAUCCUGACUCAGUUCUUCAUGAGGACCGUAUAGGUGACUUGUCCAUUACGGUAAAACAAGAAUCAGCGGAUGUAAAGGUUGCUGGUCAUCAUUCAUUUGGCAUGACUGCUAAUGAAAUUGCUCAAAGGAAUUUACUUAAAGGGAUAUCUGCAGACGAGAGUGCGGUUUUUCAUGAUAUUUCCUCGAUGGGCACUGUCAUUGUUAGACAUUGUGGCUACAUUGCAAUCGUAAAGGUUGUUGGUGAAGUGAAGAACGAACUGCACAGUGCUCGGGAUAUUGACAUUGAUGAUCAACCAGACGGAGGAGCUAAUGCUCUUAACAUUAACAGCUUAAGGGUUUUACUUCACAAGUCAGGCGCUAAAGAAUCGAGUGGAGGCCAAUCACAUCAACUCAACUCGAAUGAUUCCGAACCUUCUAGAUGCCUUGUUCGGCAAGUAGUUAAAGAGAGCUUGACCAAACUAGAGGAGAACUCGGUUGUUCCUGAAAGGUCUAUUAGAUUAGAACUCGGUUCUUGUUGGUUGCAAUGUCUACAGAAACAGGAAACUUUGAGAGAUACUACUUCAAACGGACUUGGUCGUGAUCAUGAGGCUGAACCGGCUGUGAAAGGUCUUGGAAAGCAUUUUAAAUGCUUAAAGAAAAGGGAUAAAAAACCAAGUAACAGCGGUAGCAAAGUUGACGAGGAAGAAAAUGAUUGCGAGCCAUGUGGUAUGAAUCAAAGCAUUGGUGAGUCCAGAAAUCAGAUGGAACUGAAGAACCUUAUUUCCGAAGAAGCUUUCUCACGGCUUGAAGAAAGUCGAACCGGUCUUCACUUAAAGUCAGUCAAUGAGCUUAUUAAGAUGGCGUAUGAGUACUAUGAUGACACUGCCUUACCAAAGCUGGUAACAGACUUUGGAUCACUUGAACUUUCACCCACCGAUGGUCGUUCCCUGACUGACUUUAUGCAUCUAAGGGGACUAAAAAUGCGGUCUUUGGGUCGUGUGGUUGAACUUGCUGAGAAGCUGCCUCACAUACAAUCACUUUGCAUCCAUGAGAUGGUUACUCGAGCUUUCAAACACGUACUCAAAGCAGUCGUUGCAUCUGUUGACAAAUUCGAGGACUUACCUGCAGCUAUAGCUUCAUCCCUAAAUUUCUUACUCGGAAAUAAUGGAUCAGAAGAUAAUGCUGAAAACGCAAAUGAUGACUAUUUGCUAAAAUUGCGGUGGUUAAGAAAGUUUCUUUCUGCAAAAUUUGGUUGGAAACUACAAGAUGAAUUCCGGCAUUUGAGAAAACUAUCCAUUCUUCGAGAACUUUGCCAUAAGGUUGGUCUAGAGUUGGUUCCUAAAGACUAUGACAUGGAAUGCAAAGAACCUUUCGAAAGUUGCAAUAUUAUUAGCAUUUAUCCUGUUUGUAAGCAUGUAGUAUGCGCUUCUGCCGAUGGCCGAACAUUGUUAGAGUCAUCCAAGGCGGCUCUUGACAAAGGAAAACUAGAGGAUGCGGUUAAUUAUGGGACAAAGGCAUUAGCAAAGAUGAUAGCUGUAUGUGGUCCUUACCAUCGAACUACUGCGAGUGCUUACAGUCUUCUUGCUGUGGUUCUCUACCAUACUGGUGAUUUCAAUCAGGCAAUUAUAUAUCAACAGAAAGCUUUGGAUAUUAAUGAGAGGGAGCUCGGUCUUGAUCAUCCAGACACGGUGAAAAGCUAUGGGGAUCUUGCUGUAUAUUAUUAUCAGCUUCAACACUUUGAAAUGGCUUUGAAAUAUGUAAACCGUUCUUUAUUCCUUCUCCAUUUUACUUGCGGAUUGUCUCACCCAAAUACCGCCGCAACAUAUAUAAAUGUGGCUAUGAUGGAAGAAGGCAUGGGAAAUGUUCACGUGGCUCUCAGAUAUUUGCAUGAAGCUCUAAAGUGCAACCAGAGACUACUAGGAGCGGAUCACAUACAGACGGCUGCAAGCUAUCAUGCCAUUGCCAUUGCUCUUUCAUUGAUGGAGGCAUAUUCUUUAAGCGUGCAACAUGAACAAACUACAUUCAAAAUACUUCAAGCAAAACUCGGACAAGAUGACCUUCGUACACAGGACUCCGCUGCUUGGAUCGAAUACUUUGAAUCAAAAGCUUUAGAACAGCAAGAAGCUGCACGAAAUGGAACUCCAAAGCCAGAUGCUUCCAUUGCAAGCAAGGGUCAUCUUAGUGUGUCCGACCUGCUCGAUUACAUUAGUCCCGAUCAAGAUUCUAAAGGAACUGAUGUACAGAAGAAGCUGCUGCGUGCCAAGGUGUUACAGACUAGUGACAAAACCCAUGACGCAUGUCACAACUUUGUAACAGACAGUUCUGUGUUCAAUGGUGUCUCAGAGAAAAGUAUCAGUACUGCAGAUAUUAAUGAAAGAAGAAUGGUGAGUUCUAUUUGUCUUGAAGAGCCAAAGAAAACUAAUGAUGUUACUAGAGUUGAGCCAAUGGUUACAAGUGAAGUUUUCGAAGAGACAACUUCGGAUGAAGGGUGGCAAGAAGCCAAUUCAAAAGGACGGUCAGGAAAUGCCGUCGGAAGGAAGUCUCGAAGGAAGAGAACUGCCCUUGCAAAUGUUAGAGUGAGUGGCUCUAGGCGAGAAACUAUUUUUCCGGUGAGAAAAACUUCCUCUAAGAACAUUGUAAAGGAGGUAGUUCCGGUGAAGCAAUUGAUGUCCCAUAACUCAAACCCCGGAGGGAAUUCGGUUAGUUUACGAGCUUCUGUUUCCAAAGGUUCCUUGUCUUCAGCAAAUCUCAGUGCCGUUGCUUCGAAAUGUCUUUCUUACAAAGAAGUAGCUGUAGCACCUCCAGGUACAGUUCUGAAGCCAUUACAUGAGGGGGAAACCGAACAUCAGGUGUGCACCAUCCGAACUGAGACUACAAAAUCGGAGGAUGGAGACCAUAUGUCUGUUAUUGAUAACGUUGUAGAUAAUGAUGAUGAUGAAACUGAAGGAACUCGUGAUAGCGAAAAUCAAUCAGAAGAAUCUGCUCCUGAACUUGAUAACGUUUCUUCCGAGCCUGCAACCAAGGAGGAUGGAAACAAUAUCUCUGUUGCUAAUAACAUUUCAGAUGAUAGUGAAAAUCGAUCAGAAGAAGCUGCUCCUGAACUCGAUAAGGUUUCUUCUGAGCCUGCAAACAUGGAGGACAGAAACAGUAUCUCUGUUGUUCAUAAUGUUGCACAUGAUGACAAUCGUGAAGAAACGGUUCCUGAACGUGAUGAGGUUUCGUAUGUAAAUACUGAAAAGUCUGUAGAAACAAAGGGAAGUAAGCUAUCAGCAUUAGCGGAACCGUUCAAUCCUGGAGCACUCUACAUUGCUGUUACAAGUGUUUAUGAUGUAACAGCCUGUCAAGCUAUGCUUGCCGAGCCUGUUAUUGAACCUGCAGUUGCAGCUCGAGUUCGUUGCGGACCGAUGUUCCCAUUAUAUCACGGAAACAACCAUUCUUACAACAUGAAACAAGGCUUUCCGAGAUACCAAACCCUCGAACAAACCGAGUUCCGACCUCCGCGAGUUAUGAACCCUCAUGCACCCGAGUUUGUACCUACAACUGAGCCAGCAACAACAGAAGCAAAAGCUCUCCAUGUGAAUGAAGGACAUGACGUGGCAUCUCAAUCCAGCACCUGCGAACAACCAAAAACAUCAGAUGUAAAUAUAAAGAAAACCCGGGACGGCGAAGGAUUUACGGUUGUAACGAAGCGAAGAAGGAAGAGGCAUCAGUUUAUGAAUGGAGUAAGUAAUGGACCAUACAAUCAUCAUCAUCAAUCAAUAUGUGCUUAGGUUAGAUAAUGCCCAUAUUUCAGUAAGCAGGAUACGAGGGAAAAGCAAUUUGCAGAUAUGUUCUAGUGAAAAGCUGGGUUUUAAUUUCUAUGUUUAAUUUGCAGAUGAGGUUGUUAUGUAGCUAAAUAAUAUAUGUAAAUUCCUUCUCUUUGUUUACAGAUUUUGUUUUAUUAAUAAAAAGUGCCAUUUGAUAA